AUGGGCGAGCGACGAAGCAGCAGCACGGCAGACAGACCGGAGAGAAGAACAGCACUUGUCGCUAGAGAGCUCGCACGCUACAACAUUGACAUUGCAGCCCUUAGCGAAACUCGCCUUGCUAAUGAAGGACAGCUGUCCGAGUCAGGUGGUGGCUAUACAUUCUUCUGGAGUGGCCGCAGCAGUGAUGAGCGUCGCGAAUCUGGAGUUGGCUUCGCCAUCAAGAAUCAUCUUGUUUGGAAACUUGCCAGUUCCCCCAAGGGUAUGAAUGACCGGCUCAUGACAAUGCAGCUUCCGCUUCAAAAAGGAAAACAAGCUAUUUUGAUCAGCGCAUAUGUUCCUCCAAUGACCAACCCAGAGGAUGUGAAGGAUAAAUUCUACGAAGAAUCAGAUACUCUGCUAUCGUCAGUGCAGCGCACAGACAAGCUGAUUCUGCUUGGCGAUUUUAACGCAAGAGUCGGAUGUGAUGCCGCAGCCUGGGAAGGAGUCAUCGGGAAAAAUGGAGUGGGAAAGCGUAACAGCAAUGGCCUGUUACUGCUGCAAACUUGUGCAGCCCAUGACCUUCUGAUCAGCAAUACGGUCUUCCGCCUUCCUACCCGUAACAGGACUUCGUGGAUGUAUCCCCGUUCCAAGCACUGGCAUUUGAUCGAUUAUGUCAUCAUCAGGAGAAGGGACAGACAAGAUGUCAGGGUUACAAAAACGAUGUGUGGUGCUGACUGUUGGACGGAUCAUAGGCUCAUAGUAUCCAAAAUGAAGCUCCGUAUCAUGCUGAAGAGACGACCACAAGGCUCGGAAGACCUAGAGAAUGAGCUUGCUGAUCUUCGUAUUGAGGAGGACGCUGAGAAAGACUGGGAGCGAUUCCGCAACACUGUCCAUACAGCUGCAUCGAAGAUAUUGGAGCCCUCCACAUGCAGGCAGCAAGACUGGUUUGACGAAAAUGAUGCAGAAAUCCAGGCCUUACUUUCUGAGAAGCACUGCCUGCAUCAUGCAUAUCAAAACGAUCCAUCCUCAGUGGCAAAGAAGACCGCCUUUAUCAACGCUUGCAGAACACACCUCUAUAAGAGGAAGAGCAAUCGCCAGGUAUGCGACAAUCACCGUGGAAUCUCGCUGCUUUCUACAGCAGGGAAAGUUCUUGCACGGGUUCAGUUGAACCGAUUGAUCACUCACCUGGAGAAGGGUUUACUGCCAGAAUCACAGUGUGGCUUCUACAAGGGACGUGGGACUAUUGACAUGAUCUUCGCUGUGCGUCAGCUACAGGAGAAAUGUCAAGAGCAGAAUCGUGAACUCUACACAACUUUUGUGGACCUCACGAAAGCAUUUGACUCUGUCAGUCACCAGGGCCUGUGGAGGAUCAUGUUGAAAUUUGGCUGUCCAGACAGAUUUAUACGAAUGGUACGUCAAUUUCAUCACGGUAUGAUGGCUCGUGUCCUGGAUGACGGUGAAACAUCUGAGGCCUUCCCAAUCACCAACGGCGUCAAGCAAGGGUGUGUUUUAGUGCCCCCUUUGUUCAGCAUGAUAUUCUCUGCCACUCUGACUGAUGCCGUUCAACACUGCUCUGAAGGAGUAGGCAUGAAGUAUAGAACAGACGGGAAACUAUUCAAUCUGAGGCGACUGCAUGCCAUCACCAAGGUGAAGGAAACUGUACUUCGAGACUUUCUCUUUGCCGAUGAUUGAUUGUGCCUGAAUGCUAGUACAGAGCCAGAAAUGCAAGCCAAUAUGGACAAGUUUUCAACUGCAUGCAACAACUUCGGUCUCACCAUUAACAUCAAGAAGACUGAGGUAUUGCACCAGCCAGCUCCCCACGCUCCGUACUCAGAACCGUCCAUCAUUGUAAAUGGACAGAGACUUCAGCCAGUGGACCGCUUCAUGUACCUGAGCAGUACCCUUUCCCGAGCAGUGUCAAUCGAUGAUGAAGUAAACUGCAGAAUUGCUAAAGCCAGCUCUGCAUUUGGCCAAUUGCGCUCCAGCAUUUGGGAACGUCGAGGGAUCAGCCUACCAACGAAGCUGAAGGUCUACCGAGCAGUGGUGCUUCCAACUCUGCUGUAUGCCUGCGAGACGUGGACUGUCUAUCGGAGUCAUGCACGAAGGCUCAACCACUUCCACAUUUCCUGUCUGCGAAAGCUUCUAAAAAUCAGAUGGCAGGACAAAGUGCCUGAUACUGAUGUCCUUACUAGAGCCAGUCUGCCGUCAGUUCACACAUUGCUGAUGAGAGCCCAGACCAGGUGGGCCGGACAUGGCGUGAGAAUGUCAGACGAAUUUAUUCCUAAACAGCUCUUCUACGGAGAACUCACUCAGGGUAAGCGCUCCCAUGGAGGACAAAAGAUGCGGUUCAAGAACACGCUGAAGACCUCUUUGAAGUCCUUGGAGAUCAACACCGCCACAUGGGAAACCUUCACACUGAACCGUCCAGCAUGGCGCAGCCUCAUUCACACAGGCAGUAAUACCUCUGAGGCGAGGCGUAUUGCUGAGGCUGAAAAAAAGCGUGAGCUGCGCAAGGCCAGAGCUGCUUGUACAUCAUGGACAGUGCCAUGACCUGUCUGCCCGACGUGUGACAGGACGUUCCACGCCCGAAUCGGACUGAUCAGUCAUCUUCGGACGUACAGAGCCCGGUCAUCGAAAGAAUGAGUUGUUGAGGUCUUCAUCGAUAACGAUGGACGAACAUCACUCACAUGCA